AUAAGUGCGAAUUAUCACAUAAGAAAAGAUCAACACAGUCUUAUCGGUUGUUGACGACAAGUCGUAUUUCUUGCUUCGCACAGCAGUAUUAAUACGGAGCUCUGUUUAAACGGUUCUGUCUAACGAUCCUGUGUUCGUAUACUCAUCGUCCCAUAAAAUUUUCUAUUCAGCAAUAUGCCGAAUAUAUCGUUCACCUUUCGAGGAUUAAUGGCUCCUGUAUUUACGCCAUUCACUACUGACGGGACGUUAAAAUUGGAUAUGGUACCGUCAUAUGCAAAUUAUUUAGCCGAAUAUGGGAUCAAUGGAGUUCUUGUUAAUGGAACGACUGGAGAAGGUACGUCGAUGAACUUACAAGAAAGGAAAUCAGUUGCGGAAGCUUGGUCGCGAACAGUGAAAUUUACAGAUCAACAUAUGAUGGUUCAAGUAGGUGGCACAAACUUACCCGACGUGAUGGAAUUAGCCAAACACGCGGAAAGUAUAAAAGCAAAUUCUAUACUUUGUUUACCUGAACUAUACUUCAAGCCAACUACGUCACAAGAAUUAGUCGAUUAUCUGAAACAAGUAGCUCAAGCGGCACCAAAUACACCCUUGUUGUAUUAUCAUAUACCAUCGUAUACCAAUGUUAAUAUACACAUGGGACAAUUUUUAGAAUCCGUAAAAAAUGAAAUUCCAUCGCUCGUAGGUAUAAAGUUUACGAGUACUGAUCUAGUAGAAGGUACACAGGCAUUACAUAUUAACAAUAAUCAAUAUGCUGUAUUUCUUGGUUGUGAUCAGCUCAUCUCGGCUGGUUGCUCGUUAGGAUUAGAAUGUUUUAUAGCUACGAGUAUAAACGUAUUUCCAAAACUAGUUAAAGAAUUGAUCGAUGCAAACAACUCAGCGGAAUUGAUAACAGCUAAGAAAAAACAAGAAACUUUAACAGAGGCCAUUAAUAUCGUAUCUAAAUAUGGUAAUUGGGUACCAACGAUGAAAUAUGCUAUGCAGGUUAUUAGUAUGCUUCAAGUUGGACCUCCGCGUAAUCCAUUGAAACAACUUUCGGAUAAAUCUAUGAAAUGGAUGAAAGAAGACUUGAAUAAUCUCAAACAUUUAAAUUAAUUCGUUGAUACUAUCUAAUAUAUGAAAAUUAAAAUGAAGAAAGGAUACUAAGAGAAUUUCGAUUAUUAUAACUAUUGCUUAUCUUGUUAAUACGGGAGAGAAAUAAUUUCCAUUGAUCGGAUUACAAUAUAUUAAAAUAUAUUUUAAGAAAACAUCAUUUUGAAUUGAACGACAUUUUAUUUUUCAAUGAGAUCUCUUUCUUUACUAGAUAUUAAAAACAAAAAGAAGUAGAAAAAUGACAAUAAUCCGACAAUAUUAACAAAAAUUAAUAAUUUAUUAUCACAAUCAUAGGACAUUUGAAGAGAGCAACUUGCUUGCAAGUUUUACUUAAUACUUUUCUGCUUGAUAAAUAAUUGAUUAAAAUUAGGUACAAUAUCUCAUAAAUACAUAAAACGAACUUAACAAACAUGGAAUUUAAAAA